AUGGAUAAACGACUCCUAAUUGUGUUCGGUGUUACGGGUAACCAGGGCGGAUCAGUCGCCAACUUUGUGCUGGACGACCCAGAUCUCUCAAUGAGAUAUACUGUCCGAGGGAUCACCCGCUCACCUUCAAGCCCCAAAGCCCAAAAUCUUCGGGAUAAAGGGGCAGAGAUUGUGCAAGGCGACUUGGACGAUCCUUCGUCAUUGAAAUCUGCACUUGCCAACGCACAUACCGUUUUUGCCCUCACAAAUACCCAAGACAGUGGUAAUACCGUUGCCAUCGAAAUGACACAAGCAAAAGUGCUUUGUUCAGAGCUGUUGCAGGCCAAGGUUAACUUCGUUAUUUGGAGUUCCUUGCCGUAUGCGCGAGAGAUAUCCAAGGGGGAGUUGGAUGUCAAACAUUUUGACGUAAAGGCAGAGAUUGAGCAAUAUAUUCGCAACCUACCCAUCAAAUCUUCAUUCUUUACUCCUGCUUAUUUUAUGCAAAACUUGAUUAAUUUCAGAAUGGCACCGCGUUCAUCACCAACUGAGGAUGAAACAUAUGUCAUUUCGAAUUGCUGCAAUCAAGAUACCCUUAUGCCACUUAUCGAUGUCACUGAUACUGGCAAAUGGGUUGGAGCGAUGCUUGCCGAGCCAGAACAGCACGAGGGAAAAGCCAUAGCCGCAGGCGAAAAUUUAUACACCUGGGCUGAAAUCGCCAAGAUCUUCUCCCAGGUCUCUGGCAAAGAUGUCAGAUUUCAACAUAUAUCAGAUGAGGCUUUUAGAAGCAAUCUCCCAGAAGGGCUUAGAGAUGACUUGCUUGACAUGUACCAACUAUUCAGAGACUAUGGGUACUACGGAAUGACAAUGAAGGACGACGUUGCGUGGGGAGCGAAACAAGCUAAGGGCCGUCUUACGUCACUGGAAGAAGUUUUGAAAAGAGAGAGUCUUAAUUUGGAUUAG